AUUUGAACUGAUUUGGAUAUGAUUUUGUUUAUAGCCAGCUUGUGCACAUUUAGUUUCCUUUGAUUAACAAUAUACCCUUUUUCCUAGUGGAGGUGGUGUUUUAGUACAAAUAGGUUUCUAAAAUAAAUUAAACAUAUAUACACGAUAUUGUACACAUAUACAAUAGUGUUUUAAUUUAUUCGAUAAAGACUUCUAUAAUUAUGUAUUGUUUCGUUCAUUUUGUUUCCUUGGGUGAUGCCAAACACAAAUAUAAUAUUACUGGUCUAAUUCCACUAUUGUGUUUGUUUUGGCAAUGAUUAGGUAAAGAAAAAGGCGAUGAAGGUUUAGGAAUUAAUUAAGGCAGGGGAAGUUCAGGGGAUAAUCAUAGUGGUCUCUGUAGGAAAGAAGAGAGCAGAUACUGUGUUGCGGUUAUUUUUAAUUUGGUGUCAUUGGUUGGGCGGAGGAGAUAAAGAAAGAUAUAUUCUGUUCUGUACACAUCUUAAAAGCAAUCUGGCACAUUUGACGUUGGCUUCUCCAUCGACAUCCGCAUCGGCAUUGGCGUGCGUUUGUUGAAUGCAAAGUAAAAUAAGAAGCGACAGCUAGCAUUGCUGCAAGUGCAACAGCAGCAACAAACAGAACACAGAGAGAGAGAGAGAGAGAGAGAGAGAGAGAGAGAGAGCAUGGGACCAUACGAGCGUAUCAAAGGCCAUGAAUAUGAAGACGAUGAUGAUGAGAAGAUCGGUGCUGCAGGAAGAAUAUUAUUGGUGGAUCAGAAGAAAAAGAUCAUCCGCGGCCGAAGCGAUGAUGAUGUUCAUAAAGAUAAAGAUAAAGAUAUUGAAAUGGGCCUCUAUGCUAAAGCCAAAGCCAACAAUCCCAACGCCUCGGCCUCCGCCGCCUCCUGCUCCUCUUCAUUUACUUCAAAGUCCCACCACCACCACCAAAAACAACUCCACCGUCUUAUUUCCCUCGACGUUUUUCGCGGUCUCACUGUGGCGCUAAUGAUAUUCGUGGACGAUGCCGGUGGAGUGCUGCCUGCUGUCAACCAUUCACCGUGGAAUGGAUUAACUCUUGCAGAUUUUGUCAUGCCAUUUUUCCUCUUUAUCGUUGGUGUUUCACUCUCUCUUACCUAUAAGAAAUUGUCAUGCAGAGCUGAUGCAACUAGGAAGGCAACGUUACGGACGCUGAAGCUUCUACUGCUAGGCCUUUUUCUUCAAGGAGGUUUUCUCCAUGGCCUUAAUGAUUUAACUUAUGGUGUGGAUAUCGAACAUAUGAGAUGGACGGGUAUACUACAGAGAAUUGCAGUUGCAUAUUUUGUAGCGGCAUUAUGUGAGAUUUGGCUAAAGGCUGGUGACGAAAAUAUUGAUUCCAGAUUGUCUAUGCUGAGAAAAUAUGGGUUUCAGUGGGCUGUGGCUUUGUUGCUCACUACUAUAUAUCUUUCAUUAUUAUACGGACUAUAUGUUCCUAGUUGGGAAUACCAGAUUCCGGUGGGAACAUCUGUGUCUCCACCAAAAAUAUUUUCAGUAAAAUGUGGAGUAAGGGGUAACACAGGACCAGCUUGUAAUGCUGUUGGAAUGAUCGAUCGUAAGAUAUUUGGUAUUCAGCAUUUAUACAGAAGGCCAGUAUAUUCACGAACAAAGCAAUGCAGUAUUAACUCCCCAGACUAUGGCCCACUACCUGCUGAUGCUCCUUCAUGGUGUCAAGCCCCUUUUGAUCCUGAAGGACUUCUAAGCUAUAACUUUUUACUCCGCGGUUGUAGUUCAGUGAUGGCCAUCGUCACCUGCUUGGUUGGUUUGCACUAUGGGCACAUCAUUGUACAUUUAAAGGAUCAUAGGGAUAGAAUACUUCACUGGAUGAUUCCGUCUUCUUCACUUGUAGUGUUGGGACUUGCCUUGGAUUUGCUUGGGAUGCAUCUAAACAAGCCUCUUUACACAUUAAGUUAUAUGUGUUUCACCGCGGGUGCUGCUGGCAUUCUCUUUGUGGGAAUUUACAUCAUGGUUGAUGUAUGCGGAUAUAGGCGAAUGACAGUGUUGAUGGAGUGGAUGGGAAUGCAUGCGUUGAUGAUAUACAUACUAGCAGCUUGCAAUGUUUUGCCAGUUGUCCUUCAGGGAUUCUAUUGGAGACAGCCUCAGAACAACAUUCUUCGGUUAAUUGGAAUUGGAAAAUGACGAGCUAUAGAAUCGCGUUUAGAAGUUCAAUUGCAAAGUUGAAUUGCAGUUUUGGACUUCGAGCCUCGCAUAUAUACCCAACCGAGAGAGACACUAAAGAUAAAGAGAGACCAAAGAUAAAGAGAGACAGAGGUUUUGUACUUAGGAGGCAAAUAUGUGGGCAGAUUAUUUGAGAUUUCUCUGUUUAGGCAACUUGAUAUGUAAGCUGCGACUAGGGGAAAUCCAACUUUAAAAUAUAUAUAUAUAUAUAUAUAUAGUCUUAGAGGUUUGUAUAGUAUAUACAUACAUAUUAUCAAAUUAUUAGAUAUUGAGAUUAAUAGUUAAAGAGUUGUUC